AUGGCACGACACCACUGCACAGGGCCUGCAGUAAGGGCGAUGAAGGUGGUGGAGAUGCUGUUGAAACUUGGCGUGGAUGCUAAAGCUAAGACAAACGUCAGUACAGUACCCCCUUCCCCCCGCUCCCCUCCCUCCCCCUGUACGAUGAUACACCUAUCUCACAUGAUGAUGGUGUGGCGGUGCAUGGACCUGCAGGAUGGCACGACAACACUGCACAAGGCCUGCAGCUCCGGCCGAGUGGAGGUGGUGGAGAUGCUGUUGAAGCUUGGUGUUGAUAUUGAAGCGAAGGACACGAAUGGCACGACACCGCUGCACAGCGCCUGCAGGUUCGGCCGAGCGGAGGUGGUCAAGAAGCUGCUGAAGUGCGGCGCUGAUGUCAAAGUCAAGGACACCAACGGCAAGACACCGCUAGAUGUGGUGCCUUCUUAUGGUGACAAUAUUCGGCCCGUGUUGGACGCCUUUGCCAUCCCUCUCGCCUGGCUGCCGCCACUGCCCAGCCCCGCACCCACCCUAGAGAAGAUCACUGCCACAGCCCUUGACGCACUCGAUCAAGCACUAAGGGUGCCAGAAGCACUGAACAACCGCUUGAGCCAGCUGGAUUCAAGCUCUGACAAUCUAGAAGCGGUGCUUCAAGAGUUGCAUGCUCUCACAGCCAAGUUUAAGCUGAAAAAGAUUCUUCAUAAGCUACAGACUGCGCUAACAGCCUGCCCCGCGCCGCCUACGGCACCAGCAUCCUCACCAAAUGCACCGCCCACCAACCUGGCAGCGGCCCUGGACAAGGUCAUUGCACUGAGCAAAGUGGGACCCGAGCUCCAAGAGCUGCUGACCAGCUCCAACAACAGUCUCAAGUGCCUGAUUCUGUCAUUCAUCGAUGCGCUGGACGCUGUGGCAAAAGCAGGAACGAGCGACACCAUCCAUCGCGUGGACACGUUACGGAAUCUUGCGCGCUGCCAGGACGUGAGCGAAGCACCUCCGCCCAAGGUUUUGCCCGAGGCCUGGGAACAGCUUGUCCAAGCACACAAUGAGCUCAGCUUAUCCAAGCUGAACGGCCUUAUGCAAGUUGCCCAAUGGCAAGCCCCUCCCGAUUACGAGCAUCAGGGCUGGUACUUGACGUUUGUGCUUCACGAGUCACAGGCCUUGGUUAAGCAAUUGCAAGACAUGAUCACAUGGCAGGAGACGACGCUGUCUGCACUGAAAUCAUGCAUGAGCUUGGCUAGCAAUCUGGUCCAGGGUCAUGUCGAUGAGGAUGGGGCGUCACACGAGGAACUAGACAAGCUACACGAACAAAUCAAGGCUGCUGAUAAGUUUUUGAGCGUUGCCCCGCAAGACAUGCGCUCCGGGCUCGAGCAAAACCUGGCAGAAUUGAAAAAACGACAUGCUGCCUUACAAGAGCAACUUUCAGGACAAUCGCGUGUGGACCACGUCAUCGAGCUGACAGAGCUACUGCAUCAACACUUUCCAACCCUACUGGUGUUUUUAAACCCCAGGCAGAGCUCUUUGGGUGCCCGCCUCUGCACCGUGCUCGGUCCAGAUCUUCCGGCCACCCUAAUUUUGGAGGCCAUGACCGAGGUUGACCAGGGCUUGGCGCUCUCUAGUUUGGGCCGACUUGAAGUUCACUACGUCCAAAACCACAAAGUCUACAAAGCCCGUGCCGCGCUCCCGAGGUGUCCCGAACAAGAUUUGGCCGUCAAGGAGUACGUUUUUGUUCAGCAGCGCAAGCAGGAUCAGUGUCGCACCUUUCUCCGUGAACUCCGCGCCAUGCGCCGGCUUGAGCAUCCGCACAUUGUCCCGGUUCUGCAUGCACUGGUUGAAGUGAACAGCGGCCACCCGAGUGCGUUCUUGGUGCAGCCGUGGUGUGCGCAAGGUGACCUGCAGCAGUGGCUCAGCCGGGCCCGGCAGCAGGCCACCUCCAACAUUGUUGCUGGGAUAAUGGCCCAGCUGCGAGCGGCCCUGGCUUUUAUGCACAGCAGGGGUCUGGUGCACCGUGAUGUCAAGCUGAGCAACGUCAUGUUAGACGGCGAGGAGGAUCAGCCCGUUGUGCGUCUGGGCGAUUUUGAUAUCGCCAAGGCCGCCGUGGAAGCUACUAUGCUGCCCUGCACCGCCACCGCAUCAGUCGGAACAUCAGGCUAUGUGGCACCCGAAGUUCUCUUUGGCCGUGGUCGCGUGGGUGCGCGCCCAACGCAAGAUGCCUUUUCAUUCGGCUGCGUUCUCUAUAAUACUUACAUGUUUCCGCAGACGGUGCCUCCUGCUCAUCCGCAGCUGAAAGACGUGAUUCAGCAAUGUCAAUGGAACUCGAAAGCUGACGCAACCAUGCUCAACUUUCCGCACCUGGCCGCCGAGAUGUGCGAUGCCACGAGUGAUCUCUACAAGGAAACGCGGUCGUUUCUUUCCACGGACCCGAAAAUGCGUCCAAGUCUUCUCAGUGCAGCCCAAUUCACCCAGCAGCCGACCACUGUUGCUCACAUUGCGCCCGCAGUCGAAAUCUUACGCGACGCACCCGAGCUCGUGCCUGAGGUAACAGAGCUUUUGCAGCAGCUGAAUGCCGACGGGCGGGGCCCAAAAAACAUGAUCGUGCAGCGAGUGGAGCGUGUGCAAAACGCUGUUCUGUGGGAGCGCUAUAGCAGAAAGAGACGCGAGAUGGUGCAGCACACGAAAGAUCACGAGCACUUUGCUCGCCUCUGCACGGCAACCGUUGAUGCGCUGCCGGGACAGCCGGCCUUACUUCAGGAGGCGCUUUGCCAGGAGCGCUUGUUAUUUCAUGGAAUUGCUUAUGACGACUCGCAGCGCGACAAGAUUGUGCGCCUGGGCUUGGACUAUCGCUUUGCCGGGAACGGGGCUGGUACUCGGUUUGGGCUGGGCGUCUACCACGCCGACCAUCCGGGCAAGAGUCACCAGUAUGCCACACCGGGACCGAACGGCGAGCGCAUGUUGAUCGUUACGCGAGCUCUUCUGGGUCAAGCUUUUGUUCAUCAAGCACCCAGCUCUGGAGCGCUGGCCCCUCCACUCUUGCCCGAAGCGCCCAAUAACGAACGAUACGACUCGGUCAUUGCCACACCGGCCGGGCAGUUUCACGAGGUGGUUGUGUUUGACAAUGAUCAAAUCUACCCCGAGCUAGUCGUCUACUACACAGCCGACUAG